UAGUGAGUACGUGGACCUCCUCAAUGGACAGAUGGACAGAGGCUGGUGUGCUGGCUACAUGUAUCAGGAGCAAAUCUCAACCUUCUUCUCCGUUGUGGCAACAGGGAUGACAUAUGAGAUGGCCAUGACCAGCAUGCCCCUUCAGGUGCUGCGUCUGCACCUGCCACACAGUCCAUCCUCUGAGGCCGUUGUCCUGCUCAUCUUCCCAAAGCCUCAGCGUUAUGACACCUAUGUGGAUGGUGUCUUUGUUCCCCCAGCCAACCUCAACACCUCUGCAGCCGGCUACAAGCUGUUGCCUGAGAACCCCACCCAUCCUCAGGCUUUCCUUCCCAUGUUGGACAAUGCAAUGGGGACCAGCUUCUUCCAGCGCAGUGCUAAGCUGGUCCAUGUGGUGCUGUGCGAAGGCCACAUCCUUGACAUCAAGACCACACCCAUGAUCACCCUCACCAGUGGCUCACAUGGUGAAGGAAGAUGAAUUUUAUGAGCAGAACUUGGUGUUGAAUCUGGCCAGCCUGUUUGAGGUAUCCCCAAACAACAUCAGGGUCAUCAGUGUUAUGCAGGAGCUCUCCAAGAGACAGCAGGGAAGGCUGGAGGUGGGCACAGUGAGGAUGCAUGUUGGGUCUGGUCUGUGUUGAGUCUGACUGUGGUGGGUGCAGCUGUGUUCAGUGUGGCUGUGUUGAGUCUGGCUUUGUUGGAUCUGUGUGUUGUGCGUGGCAGUGUUGGUCUGUGUGUUAUGUGUGACCAUGUUGUUUGUGGCUAUGUUGGGUGUG